AUGAACGCCAAACAAGACUUAGCAAUAGAUGCCCUUCAGCAGAUUGCUAUUGAGCGGGGUGAUGAUCCUGAUUUGAUAAAUAUACAGCUCUUGGACAUCAAGGCUGUUACCAAUGCAGUGUCUGCCCUACGGGGCAUAUUCCGACAUAAUAAAACUAUGUGA